CGGGCAGGCUGCUCGGAGGUCCAGGGGGCUGUCGGGGUGACAGAGGCCUCUGGCUACGAGAAACCCCGGGCUGGCAGAGGCCCCUCCUCUCUCCCUUUCUGCCCCACGAGGUCGAGAUUGGGAAAGGCACUCAGGGCCGCCCACCCCACAGCAGCAUCAGGACUGGUCCCCCUGCUGCACCUCUACCUCCAUGUCCCAGGCAUCUCCCGUGCUGGAGAGCGGGCUCCCGGCGUCCGCCAGCUGCUCAGCGCCCCGAGGUCCCAGGAAGGGCGGCCCAGCGGACAGGAAGGAGAAGGCCGCAGGGAUGCCUGACUCCCCAGCCGAGGUGAAGCCGCAGGCCCGGGCCACGCCCCCCAGCAUGCCGCCCCCGUCGCCCGCCACAUCCCAGGGGGCCACGCGACACCCCUCCCUCACACCCCACACAAAUCAAGAGGACGGACCUGCGGUGUCUCUGCCCCACGGCCGUUUUCAUGGCUGCUUAAAAUGGUCUAUGGUCUGUCUUUGUAAAACGGAAGUCGUAGCACUCGGAGCUCAGGGCAAUCACCAGGGCCCCGCCGGGUGCUUCCAGCGCUCACUGCGAGCUCAGCGGGUGGGCCGCGCUCGGCCGCAGCUGAUGGCUGUGAGGGGCGCUGCUCGGCCCAACUCCGCACUGACCAUCGAGGAGUUCCACGCCCAGCUCCAGGAAGCCACCAACUUCCCUCUGAGGCCCUUCGUCAUCCCCUUCCUGAAGGCCAAUCUGCCCCUGCUGCAGCGGGAACUCCUGCACUGCGCCCGCCUGGCCAAGCAGACCCCCGCCCAGUACCUGGCCCAGCACGAGCAGCUCCUGCUGGAUGCCAGCGCCUCCUCCCCCAUCGACUCCUCAGAGCUCCUGCUGGAAGUCAAUGAGAACGGCAAGAGGAGGACACCUGACAGGACCAAAGAGAACGGGUCAGACCGUGACCCACUGCACCUCGACCACCUCAGCAAACGGCCCUGCACCCUGAGCCCUGCCCAGCGCUACAGCCCCAGCCAUGGGCUGCCGCACCCCACACCACCUCCGCACUACCGCCUGGAGGACAUGGCCAUGGCCCACCACUUCCGUGACUCCUUCCGCCACCUUGACCCCCGGGAGCUGCGGGAGCGCCAUCGGCAGCUGGCGGUGCACGGGUCCAGGCCUGAGGAAGUGAUUGACCACAGGCUUACGGAGCGCGAGUGGGCGGAGGAAUGGAAGCACCUCAACAACCUCCUGAACUGCAUCAUGGACAUGGCCGAGAAGACGCGGCGGUCACUCACCGUGCUGCGCCGCUGCCAGGAGGCUGACCGCGAGGAGCUCAACCACUGGAUCCGGCGCUGUAGCGGUGCCGAGGACAAGAAGAGCCCCGCGCCCACCGCCCGGCCCCUGCACGGCUCUGCAGGUGUGGAGGGGUCUCAGCUAGACGUCCACCAGGAGUUCAUGCCCCGGACCCUCUCUGGCUACAUGCCCGAGGAAAUCUGGAGGAAGGCUGAGGAGGCAGUGAGCGCGGUGAAGCGGCAGGCCAUGUCGGAGCUGCAGAAAGCGGUGUCGGACGCCGAGCGCAAGGCCCACGAGCUCAUCAGCACAGAGCGGGCCAAGAUGGAGCGGGCCCUGGCCGAGGCCCGGCGGCAGGCCUCCGAGGACGCCCUCACUGUCGUCAACCAGCAGGAGGACUCCAGUGAGAGCUGCUGGAACUGCGGGCGCAAGGCCAGCGAGACGUGCAGUGGCUGCAAUGCAGCCCGCUACUGCGGCUCCUUCUGCCAGCACAAGGACUGGGAGAAGCACCACCACGGACCUGCCACCAACCAGGGCUGCAACAGCCUGGCACGAGGGGCUGGCCAGGGCGGGCAGACAGAGCCUCUGCCCGCAGAGAGCAUCCACAGAGGCGAGCGUGGGUAG